AUGGAAGAUGCUUCGGAAGAGGCGGCUUUGACGGAAAAAAAGGUAGCCGCUUCUAAACCUCUGGUCGGCCCAGCCAUACCAGACCAUCUCAUAAAACCCUCUGCUGACACGAAUUCCAGCUGCUCAGAAAUUCCAUCGCAUUCUGAAUCUUCAUCUCCUAACGCUGAUCAAACUGAGCUCAGCGAUGAUGAGUUAAUCGGUCCGUCGCUGCCGACUGAAACAAAACCCCUGUACACACGAGACGAACGUGCAGACUGGGAGAGGGUAAGAAAUGGGUCUGCCAGGACGGAGACUUCCGACAUCCCCGACUCGUCAAGUCACGAGGAAUGGAUGACGCAGUUGCCCGACCAAGACAGGAAGAGCCGCAUUUUUGGCUACGCGAGCAUGCAAAAACAUGUCACACAAUUUGCGAAACGAGGCGUUCAGGAGCGAGGUGACACCUCUUGCUGGACAUCUAUUGCAGGUAAAGGCGCGCCCGUACCACGAGGGAAGGAUCCAGUCUCUGGACUGGAACUAGCGCAUAAAAUGGUCAGGGAAAGACUUGAAGCAGAGGAACGACAAAAACAACAAAGCUCUUGUACAAAUUCUUCAGAACUACGUCCUUCGCUGUUUGAGCAGGUAUAUCGCGGUUCAUUAAAUAAAAAAAUACAAGGCUCUUCUAAUGAAGAAGCUCAGAGUGCCCAUACUCCCAUCCGUGAACAAGAAAACCCCAGAAAGAGGACAGAGCGCGAAGAUGACCUAAAACGACGAGACAAAAAACCUAAAAGUGGGUCUUCCGUUUAUGAAGAGAAAAAAGAAAGUAAAUCCUCACAGGAUGAAUCACCAUAUGUUCCAUUCUUUGACAGAGAAAGAGAUUUGGCCUAUUCUAGCCAGGCAAGUUUGCAAGCAAGAAGAGAUUUUUUCCGACAAGCUAGUCAAUUAAAUAGUCGAUUUUCAAAAGGCAGCAGAGACUACUCACGUGAUCACUAA